AUGGCCGUCACGGCACUAGCUUUCGGGUUUGCGUGCAAGGAGAUAAACAUUGGAGGGUAUAGAGGAUGGAGACUAAGGGUGCUUGAGGGAUUCAUAAUAGUUUUAGCUUUCACCGAGUUGUUCUAUCUCGUGUUCAUUCAUAUGGGAAUGUUCGAUAGCAGCUAUGGUCCCAGUUACCGGGACACCGGCUAUGGCGUGGGAGCACACACCGGAGAGCCAGAACAUAAGGGUGGUUGUGUGACGGCGACGAGGGUAGUGUGA